UAUUUAUUCGCCCAGAUGGCGCAAAAAUACAGCUUGAUUUUAAUAUACGGAAGUGUCCAUUGGUGUCCAUACCCUGGGUGUUGCAUUUACUGUAUUGUUGUCCAAUUUUCUCAUGUUAAUUCCGUGAAAAGGCGCGUAUCUACAUGUAAACAAUACGCAAAGCGCACUUGGCAGAUUUAUUCGCAGCGUCGUGCAUCAAGUCCGGACAAGAUGUCGAUGUCAGCAAUAUAUAUUUUGGACGUGAAAGGCAAGGUGUUGAUUUCGCGAAACUAUCGCGGCGACAUCGAGACUGGUGUCAUAGAAAAGUUCAUGCCACUGGUGAUGGAACGCGAAGAGGAGGGCAACGUUACACCUAUCAUUCAGACUACGGAAUGUACAUACGCCUACAUAAAAUAUAACAAUCUAUACAUCGUGUUCACCACCAAGAAAAAUGCUAACAUAUCCCUAGUAUUUGUAUUCUUGCACAAAGUGGUGCACGUUAUGCAAGAGUAUUUCAAGGAACUGGAGGAGGAAAGUAUAAGAGACAACUUUGUUGUUAUUUAUGAGCUUCUGGAUGAGUUAUUGGACUUUGGCUAUCCUCAAACUACCGACAGUAAGAUUUUGCAAGAAUAUAUAACUCAAGAAGGUCACAAACUAGAGAUUCAGCCCAGAAUCCCGAUGGCUGUGACCAACGCUGUCUCAUGGCGGUCAGAGGGCAUCAAGUAUCGAAAGAACGAGGUCUUUCUUGAUGUAAUAGAGUCGGUGAAUCUCCUGGCAAAUGCCAAUGGAAACGUCUUGAGCUCGGAGAUUGUAGGUGCAAUAAAGAUGAGAGUUUACUUGUCAGGUAUGCCGGAAUUGCGACUGGGCCUCAAUGACAAAGUUCUAUUCGAGUCAACGGGCCGUGGCAAGUCGAAAUCUGUGGAGCUAGAAGACGUCAAGUUCCAUCAGUGCGUUAGACUUUCUCGAUUCGAGAACGACCGGACGAUCUCCUUCAUCCCACCGGAUGGCGAGUUCGAGCUCAUGUCAUACAGAUUGAACACCCACGUGAAACCACUGAUAUGGAUCGAAUCUGUGAUCGAGCGGCACGCUCACAGCCGAGUGGAAUACAUGAUAAAGGCGAGGUCGCAGUUCAAGCGCCGAUCCACGGCGAACAACGUGGAGAUCGUGAUUCCGGUGCCGAACGACGCCGACUCGCCCAAGUUCAAGACCACGAUCGGCAGCGUCAAGUACUCGCCGGAGCAGAGCGCUAUAACUUGGAUCAUCAAGUCUUUUCCCGGCGGCAAGGAGUACCUAAUGCGAGCGCAUUUCGGGCUGCCAUCGGUAGUCGGCGAAGACGUCGAGGGCAAGCCGCCCAUACAGGUGAAAUUCGAGAUACCGUAUUUUACCACAUCCGGUAUUCAGGUACGAUACUUGAAGAUCAUUGAAAAAAGUGGCUACCAGGCGCUACCGUGGGUGCGUUACAUCACGCAAAACGGGGAUUACCAACUGCGGACGAAUUAGCUACACGAUUACGGAGCUGAUGAGUAACUCAGGCUCUCGGGCAUCUUUGUCAUGUCCGAGUACGACGACUAGAAGCGCAUAGUAUAUUUUCAAGAGAAUCGGAAUUGAUAAACAUUUAGCCAUAUUGAACUCGAAUACGAAAUGUUGGCCAGUGAAAAAACGCGUGAAACGCGAUGUAAAAAUAAAUCGAAUUUUGAAAUGUUGAUUCCGCAUUUUUUUUAAAAAAUUCACAUUUUGCACGAUCCAUUGUAUUUUAAUUUUUCUAUAGAAUGGUCUAAUGUAUCGAGAGAUCCUUCAAGAACUUUUUACAUCUGAAAUGUACUAGAUGUGUGCGAAUUAAGCAUUUGUGAGAUCGAAUCGAAUAUCUGAUGAUAUGUAUAUUUGAAAUUGAAUUAAAUUAAAUUUGAAAUUUUAAUGUCGAAUUGAAUCUUAAUCAAGUUUUCGCAGAUUUACAUUGCAUGUUAAUUUAGAGAUAAUAAAAUAUGUUCAGUAACGUUGCAGAUCCUUUUUAAUAGACAAGAAAAUUACAAAACAUGAAUGCUAAGUAAAAAUUUAUAAUAGAUACUGUAGACAUUAAUUGUAUUAUACUGAUAAAUAAGCAUAUGGUACAACUUAUAAUGUUACUAUCAAAAUGUGAUAGUAUUUUAGUGAUUUAUCAGGAAAAUAUAAUGAAGUAGUUUCAAGGUUUGUUCUAAAUUCUAUAAAAUCAUGAUACAAAUCUAUAAAUUGAAACAAAUUUACGAAGACAAUUGUCUAUCAUGUACACAAAUUUUUGAAUAGCUUGUAAGAUUUAGAAAAAUUUUAGAAAUCGACAAUCAGACACAAGAAUUGGCAUUGACGAGAUUGAUCGCGCAGGAAAUAUAAUUAAAACAUUAAAAUAGGCGAUUGAUUCGAAAUCGAAUCAUCGACGAUUCAAAUUAUUCGAAUUCAAAUCUUUCCAUUCGAAAACGAAUCAAGUCGACUCCAUUUGAAUUCGAUUCGAUCCGAAUUCGAAUUAUUCGCACACCUAAAAUACAUUCGUAUUUUAAAAGUACUUAAUUCAAAACGUAAUUCCAUUCGGUGCCGUAACCUUCAUAUGUGUCUCUAUUUUUUUAAACACGAUGACGAGAGCGGCAGCGUCUAAUAAAUAAUAAUCUUGUGUAAAUAUAAUGGUAAUUUAUUUUCUAACAUUUUCCUUCGACGAGGCGAAUUUAUGAACGGGCAGAAGCUCGAUUGAUUCAAACUAAAAUAGUAUUACAUGAACGAUUAACUGUACACCAACAUCACGUUUAAUAAUCGCAAUAUUACUGCUGUAUGUCAUUACGACAUUAAUGUAAGAUAGCAUGGAGAUAUAUUAAAUUUUUAAAAGAA